AGAAAAAAGAACCAAAAAAGUUUCCGUCGAACAUAUUGAGAGACUCUCAGCGAGGCGCUCUUUACAAGCCAACCUCGCAACCACCGUCAUGGCGUCGCCUCCGUUCGAAGCUGUUCCCCAGUUCUCACUGUCCACCGUACUGGGAGCACUGACGGACUCCAUCUCCAGUGCCCUUUCUUCCCUACCGUCCAAUACACCCCACGAGGAGUCCGGAGACGAUGCGUCCAUCCUCCCCCCGGUGGACGGCAUUUCCCUCUUAGACACAAAAAAUGAGAUCCUACUCUCUUACCUUCAGAAUUUAGUGUUUCUCCUUCUCCUGCAGGUCCGGCAGGUGUCUGCCCCCCAGCCCGCGCCGGGCACCACACGCCGCAAUGUUGUGGGUUCUCAGCCUGACGAAGUGAUAAAAAAAUUGACAGAGCUACGCGUAUACCUCGAAAGGGGCACCAAGCCUCUCGAGGGCAAGUUAAAAUAUCAGAUCGAUAAAGUUCUAAAGGCAACAGACGACGCGGAGAGGGCCCAGAGAAGCUCUCUAGCAAAGAAGCCACGCACCCGGCGAGAAAAUAUAGGAAGUGACGACGACGACAACUCCUCUGCAGAGAGUGAUUUCAGUGACGAAGGCACAGAACUAGACAGCGAAGAGGAUGAAGAGAUCGACGAACUUGCCUAUCGGCCAAAUCUCGCUGCAUUCUCGAGAGGUGCACAGGACACAGCUGAAAAAGCAGCAUCUCAAAAGUCGAACGCCGCCGAUGGCAUAUAUCGACCUCCAAAGAUUAAACCGACUGCAUUGCCGGCAGAGUUCUCCGAUCGCCGUUCCGAUCGUGAAGGUCGCCGGCCCGGUAAAUCUCGCGCCAUCGACGAAUUCGUGAGCGCAGAGAUGUCUGCUGCGCCAACGGCAGAACCCAGCAUUGGCAGUACGAUCAGGGCCGGUGGAAGGGAAGUCCGCACGCUGCGCCAAAGAGAAAUUGAAACCGAGCGGCGAACAUACGAAGAAACCAACUUCGUCCGUCUACCAAAGGAGAGUAAGAAAGAUCGAGCAAAUAAAGGGGGGAACAAACAAGGCGGUUUCGGCGGCGAGGAUUGGAGAAGCCUCGGAGAGGGAGCAGAUCGAAUUGAACGCCUCACUCGUCGGGUUCGAGGAAGCGGCGGGGUGCUAGAGAAGAGCAGGAAGAGACGGCUUACGGAGGAUGGGCCUCGCGGUGAUGGUAUCAAUGUCGGCGAAGGAUUCGAGAAACGACGGAAGAAAAUUGCGGGAUGGAAGAAAUAGCCCUUCUUUCUUUUUUUCCGCCUUGGACCUCCCGAUGCUAUAUGUAUAAUACUCUUCUGGCGUUUGCGGCACUUAUGUUCCGUUGCAA